CUAGUAAUGCCCAUUUUUGCUAAACUCUCUUUAUAAUCUCAUCCCUCAUGAGCUAUUGGUACUUUGUGCAUCUAAUUUUCCCAAGUACGUGAACCAAAGUGACAAAAUGGAGUCACCCAGGCAUACUUUUGUAGGCAAUAAUAAAGAAGAGCUACUUGCAUUUAGAAGCUUAGGAGAUGAUGAUGAGGGGAGCAGAUGUGUAUGUCUCACUUCGGUAAGAGAAAAAAUAAAGAAUUGUUGGAUUAGCUUACAAGAUUUUUCUGGGAAAGCAUGGGAAAUGGGUCGCUCUGAUCCCCGAAAAAUCAUAUUUGGAAUCAAAAUGGGACUGGCAUUGUCAAUUGUGACCUUGCUCAUAUUCUGGAGAGAAACAUAUCACGACAUUGGUCAGUACUCAAUCUGGGCAAUCCUCACUGUCAUUGUGAUGUUUGAAUUCAGCAUAGGAGCAACUUUUAUCAAGGGAUUUAAUCGUGGGUUGGGAACAUUGUGUGCUGGAAUUCUUGCUUACUGCUUUGCUGAGCUAUCUUUAUUGGCUGGCCAAUGGGAGCAAGUUGUAAUUGUCAUAAGCACUUUUAUAACAGGAUCUUGUACCUCUUAUUUGAAGCUGUAUCCGACAAUGAAGCCCUAUGAAUAUGGAUUUCGAGUAUUCAUAUUGACCUAUUGUAUCCUUAUGGUUGCUGGGAAUAGAACAAGAGAAUAUACAGAGGCAGUCCUGACUCGACUAGUGCUUAUUGCAGUGGGGGCAGGGGUCUGUCUAGCUGUAAAUAUUUGUAUUUACCCCAUUUGGUCAGGAGAGGAUUUGCACAAUUUGGUGGUGAAAAAUUUCAAUAGUUUAGCCAGUUCAUUAGAAGGAUGCGUUAAUGGGUACUUGAAAUGUGUUGAAUAUGAAAGGGUCCCUUCAACAAUUCUUACAUUCCAAGCUGCAGAUGAUCCAUUGUACAAGGGUUACCAAUCAGUGGUAGAAUCCAAAGGCCAAGAGGAUACUCUGUUAGGCUUCGCAGUCUGGGAACCACCUCACGGUCGUUAUAAAAUGUUCGAUUAUCCUUGGAAAAACUAUGUUAAAGUAAGCGGUGCAUUAAGGCAUUGUGCUUUCACAGUCAUGGCACUGCAUGGAUGUAUUAUGUCAGAAAUACAGGCCCCAGCAGAAAGGAGACGGGUCUUUUGUAACGAGCUUCAAAGGGUUGGAGCAGAAGGUGCUAAAUUUUUACGUGAGCUUGGUAGCAAAGUAGAAAAGAUGGAAAAACUAGGCCCCGAAGACUUACUUAAAGAAGUUCAUGAAGCUGCAGAGCAAUUACAAAAGAAGAUAGACCAAAGAUCAUAUCUCCUAGUCAAUUCAGAGAGCUUGGAAAUUGGAAAACAUCCUAAGGAACUAGAACACCAAGAAAAUCUUUUGGAUAAAGAUAAUGAAAGUAUGCAAUUGGGGUUUAAGUCUUUGAGUGAAACUGUGCUCGAUUUGAGGUCACUUCCAGUAUGGGCUCCAUCAAAAUUUGAUUAUUCAAAGGAUAUGUCUAGGGAGCAAAUAUCUUGGCCAUUGGGUCUCUCACUUAAUGGUGAUGCAGUUGGUAAAGAAACUGAAUGCAAGACAUAUGAAAGUGCAAGUGCGUUGUCCCUAGCAACAUUUGUUUCGCUUUUGAUUGAAUUUGUUGCAAGACUUCAAAAUGUGGUUGACGCUUUUGAAGAACUCAGUGAGAAAGCAGCUUUUGAGGAGCCGUUUAUCAAUGUGCCCAUUUCAACAAAGAGGGUAGGAUUUUGGAUCAGACUGUUUAGGCGUUACAGUCUCAAAAAAUGAGAUGUGUUUCGUUAGCCUCAAAAUCACAGAAUAUCAUGAGCAAAUUCACCCAAAAAAAUAAUAAAAAAGGUUCACAAAAAAGAAAGGAAUUUAUAUUGCUAAUCCAUUGCCUUGGAACUAUCACCUUAUUAUUUCUGGUUUAAAAAAACUGAAAUUUCCCUCGUCAAUGAAUCAUAUCUUACACAUUUAUACCCAACCAUACAUACUGUGCAUCAUUGCAUUGGGCUCAAUAGCCCCAAGCCUACCAUCUUGUCUAGGUUUAAUGUAUUGAUACUUUCAUACUGUUGUACUAAUACCUUUGUAGUUUGUACACAGUAUUAUUUAAUUUUAUUCAUACCUGUGUAGUUGGGUUGUGUAUUGCAUUUUUAUCA